AUUCAAAACAUGAUCAUUCCUUAUUCAUUUUCAAAACAUUAAAAUCUUUUACUAUUUUGUUGGUUUACGUAGAUGAUAUUAUUAUUGCAGGUAAUUCUGAAUUAGAGAUCAAUAUGAUUAAAACCUUUUUAAAUUCUUCUUUUCAGAUUAGAGACCUUGGGGACUUAAAGUUCUUUCUUGGAUUGGAGAUCUCUCGUUCAAGGGAGGGUAUUCACAUAUGUCAACGUAAAUAUGCUCUCGAUAUCUUGUCAGACGCUGGAUUAUUAGGCGCUAAACCUUGCAAUACACCUAUGAUCAAGGACAACAAAUUUCUAUACAACUCAAAGGCACAACCUCAUGACUCAACCUCUUUUAGAAGAAUUAUUGGACGUCUUAUCUACUUGACCAACACACGACCUGAUAUCACCUUCGUCGUGCAACAACUUUGUCAAUUUAUGCAAUCACCGACUGAAGACCAUUACAUGGAAGCCAUGAGGAUCCUCAAAUACAUAAAAACUGCACCAGCUCAAGGAUUGUUUUACUCAUCGGCGUCCAGGCUUCAACUGCGAGCAUUUAGCGACUCUGAUUGGGCAACCUGCCCAAAAACAAGAAGGUCUGUUACUGGGUUUUGUAUAUUUCUUGGUUCAUCAUUGAUUUCGUGGAGGUCUAAGAAACAAAGCACUGUAUCUCGUUCAUCUUCAGAAGCAGAAUAUAGAGCAUUAGCAUCAACAACUUGUGAAAUUCAAUGGAUAACAUUUCUUUUGCAAGAAUUAAACAUGGAUUGUUCGGCCCCUACGACUCUUUAUUGCGAUAAUCAAUCAGCCAGGAACAUUGCGUCAAAUCCAACAUUCCAUGAAAGAACAAAACAUAUAGAAAUUGAUUGUCACAUUGUUCGGGACAAACUGCAAGCUGGAUUGUUCAAACUCUUGCCCAUAUCUUCAUCAAAUAUGCUGGCAGAUUUCUUUACUAAGCCUCUUGAACCUACAACAUUCAAUUCAAUUCUUAACAAGCUGGGAAUUCUUAACCUACAUUCUCCAUCUUAAGGGGGGAUGUUAGUUUUAUAUUAGUUAGUUUUAUCAUGCCU